UGGUUUCAAACAGAUAAAAGCGAUUUCGCAAUUGCGUUACGUCGUAUUUCCCACAGUCCUUCACGCGCUCCGUUGGUUUUGAAAAUGGCGACCAGGGCACCAGCUGCUACCGGCAGGCUUCUGCUAGGGUUCCGUAAAUGGUACUACAAUGCUUGUGGUUUCAACAAGCUAGGUCUUAUGCGAGAUGACACCUUGCAUGAAGAUGAUGAUGUAAAGGAAGCCCUCCGCAGGUUGCCGGAGAACGUGUACAAUGACAGAAUGUUCCGCAUCAAGAGGGCCCUUGACCUUUCCAUGAAACAGCAGGUUCUCCCCAAGGACCAUUGGACUAAAUACGAGGAGGACAAGUACUACUUGGAGCCCUACCUGAAAGAGGUGAUCCGGGAGAGGAAGGAGGUGGAGGAAUGGGCGAAGAAGUAGAGUGAAUGAGGGGGCUCUACACUGCUAUGUAGUCUGGUCUCUGAUUUCUUGUAUUUAAAAAAUAGUGUAUUAUGUGUACGGUGACUGUAAUUAUUAAAGCCUCUUUUAACUGAU